AGCGAGGAGGAGUAAUGUCAAGUAGAAGAGAAGAAGAAGAAGGCGCAGCAACAGUAGAAAGAGGAGAAGCAGCAGAAGGAGGAGAAGAAGAUUUGUGAACACAUCAAGACUUUUUGGAAUAUCUGAGAGGACGAGGAGGAAGACGCACACACACACACGCACCCCCCCCCCCACACACACACACACACACACACACACACACUCAUGAUCCUGCUGGAUGGACGGACGCUGCUCAGCUCCUUUCCUCCAGCUGUGCACACGGGAGAUCGACCUGUGCCACCAGACAUGCACUUCUGCUACGUGGGGGACCACACGUGGGCGACCAUGUUGGGUCAGAGCGUGCGGCUGCAGCCGGUGCCCAUCCAGAGCCUGUCGGAGCUGGAGCGAGCCCGGUUACAGGAGGUCGCCUUGUACCACCUGGAGGAGCGAGACCUGGACUUCAAGAUCAGCAUCCCCAGAGAAAUUCGCAAACGGAGAAAAUCCCUGCGCCGGAAGUUCGACUCAUUUUCCAAGGAAAAGAAAGAGCGAGAAUCGGCCCCGAAGGCGUUCGGCAUCCCGCUCUCCCAGGUCAUCGCCAACGACCGGGCCUACAAGCGGCGGCAGGACGCCCUGAAGGAGAGCAGGCGCGACUGUCUGGAGCUGGAGGCCAGCGUGCUGCGCUUCCGCGCCGAGAAGCGGCAGUUCUUCAACGGCGGCGUCCCCGGGUCGCCCGCCGCCAACUCGGUGGCGCCGGCGCCGGUCGACGAGGCCCAGAGCAAACCGCUGUCGCCCACGUUCCUGGACAACACGGGCCGGGCGCAGAGGCGGGGAGGCCUGUCCGUCGACUCCAUCUCCGACCUGGUGGAGAGCCAGUCCCGCCUGCUGGAGGCGCUGCAGCUGUCCCACCCGGCCGAGCUGGAGCUGAAGAAGUCGCAGGGCGGCGGCGGCGGCUCGUCCGAGGGGCGGACGCAGACCAAGCUCAGCCUCAACCCCAUCUACCGACAGGUGCCCCGGGUGCUGGAGCGAUGCUGCGGCCACAUCGAGACCCACGGUCUGCAGACUGUGGGGAUCUUCCGAGUUGGAAGCUCCAAGAAGAGAGUGAGACAGCUGCGGGACGACUUCGACGUGGGCGUGGACGUGCAGCUGGACGAGGAGCACAGCGUCCACGACGUGGCGGCGCUGCUCAAAGAGUUCCUGAGGGACAUGCCCGACCCUCUGCUGCCCAGAGAGCUGUACCCGGCCUUCCUGCACGCCAACCUGCUGAGAGGAGCCGACCAGCUGCAGUACCUGCAGCAGCUCCUCUACCUGCUGCCGCCCUGCAACUGUGACACGCUGCUGCGCCUCCUGACGCUGCUGCACACGGUGCAGAGCUUCGCCCAGGACACGGUGGGAACCCACGACGAGGAGAUCCCCGGGAACAAGAUGACGGCGGCGAACCUGGCCGUGAUCUUCGGGCCGAACCUCCUGCAGCGGGAGCAAGGCGGCGGCGGCGGGGACGCGUGUCCCCACGCGAUGUGCAUCGAGGACAGCACGGCGAUCAUCAGCGUCACGCUGCUGCUUGUGCAGAACCACCGGCGGCUCUUCACGGUGUCUGCCGAGGUGCAGCAGGAGGUGCUGAUGAGUCUGAUCCAGACCGACCCGGACAUCAUCGACUACCUGCUGCGGAGGAAACUCAGCAGCAGCAGCCACCUGACGGCGGAGAGCGGCGGCAGCGGCAGCGAGUCCGGGGGUCGCCGGGACACGGGGGCGUCCCUGGACUCCGUGGGGGCGUCCAGCGGGAGUCUGUCCCCCCUGGAGCCGCCCUCGCCGCUCUUCCCGCCCGACGGCAGCGGCGGCGAGGGCAGCCUGACCAGCGAGGUCUUCCUCAACGUGCUCAAACUGAACCAGAACCGGAAGCGGCAGGAGACCAGAUACGGCGACGCCAAUCCGGGCAAAUCCAUCCGCCACAUUCGUCAGUUCCACUCGCACCACAACCUGCUGAGCCUGGCCCAGCCUUCCUCCUCCUCCUGCUCCUCCUCCACCUCCUCCACCUCCUCCUCCUCCUCCUCCUCCGGCCCGCUGGGCUCCGCCCUCAGCUUCUCCAGCCUGAGCGGUUCGACCGAGAGCAGCAUCUGGGUGAGGCAGGCGCCGCACGACGACAGCAAACCGUCGCCCGCCGCCAACUUCUGGGACUUCUUCACCGGCAAGGGGUCCAGCUCGGAGACGAUGGUAUGAAGGAAGGACGAGGGAGAGAGGAGGAAGACGAAGGGAGAGAUGGAGGAUGGGAAUGUUUGUAUCUUGAUGUCAGAGGUCAGGAGGUCAGAAUCAAAAUGGUUCCUGUUACAUUUACUGAAACGUUUAUUUUUUAAGAUAAAAAACAUCUCUGUUUUGGGAAAACCUCUCAAAUGCAGAAUUCCAAACGUUCCUUAUUGGAAGUUGGACUUUGUAACCCCCCCUUUUUUUCUUUGGCACCUCUUGAACGCAGGACGUUUAUGAAAAAACGUGAAGAAUGAAGUGUCCGAGUACAGUAAACACUCGGAAAAACUUUCCGAGUCGAUGUUGAAGAGGAAAAGAUUUGAAUGAGACCUGGACGUACGAGAAGAAGAAGAAGAAAAAAUCCUGCGUAUGAGAUUAUCUGGAAGUGGAUGCAGUAAUAAUUUCAAUGUGUAUAAUAUGUACAUGAUGUAUUCAUGAGUUUACAAAACAAAUAUAUUGUGUAACUAGCUGUAGCGGCUCAAACUCGACUGACCUUUCACCCGCAACCAUCCCAAACACCGGAUGUUCCUCCGCGAUUCAACUUUCAAUGACUACAGACAAAAUAUCCUAAAAUAUUAAACUGUGAGGAAAUACAACGAAUUUUGAAUCUGCAAAUUUAUCUUUUUUCCCCCCUGCAAAGUCUAGUUUCUAUUGUAGAGUUUCAAGGUUGAUGUUUGUUUUUGCUUUUCAAAAAAAGUCUUUGCGAUGAAAUUUCAUGAUUGUUUGAUGAUCGCUAUUUUUCCAUAUGAUUCAUUAUCUAUAAUCUCUCACGUUGGAGCGACGUCGUUCCAAAAGCAUUUUUAAUGACUUUACUUCGUUAUGAUGAAGUGCUUUUGAAACAGAAGUUAUGUUGCCUCACUAUUUCAAACAAAGUCACGUUUCUCAACCUUGUACAGGAAAAACUGUGGAGGGAAAAAGAAUGUUGAGGUUUUUAAAAUGUGUAACUUUGCUUCGGCCACAAGAGGGAGACAUUCACCACGUGUUCCGGUUUGUGCCAAACGGGUGGAAACUUUGCUGUUGUAAAAUUCCAAGAUGUUUCUUGUCUUACAGAGAUUUUCCUUCACUUCUCCUCUUUUUCAUUUGUUUUCAACGUAGAGAAAAAACGUCAUACAUAUAUAUUUUUGUCCUUUAUCCUUCCAUAUCACUGUUAACUCAAUGAAGGGGCGAAGACUUGAACUUGCAGAGAAUUAAACGUCAAACAACUUCCUCUUUGUCGUUUGAUGAAUAUUGAUGAAUUCGCUGCAGCAGAGGAGGAAUAAUAUCUCCACUUAUUUAGUUCCAUAUAAAAAAAAUUCAUACAGUAUUAGAGUCAAUUGAGUGUUUGGAGGAUUAGUUUUUUCGUUUUUUUGGAAACUGAGUCAUCCACCUGUAAGUUAAUAUCUCGUUUAACUCUAAUUAUUUCCCCAUCAUGUUUUUUCCGGUUUUAACCCUAAAUUUGGGGAAUUAAUGUUAAGAAGCAAAAUUAUUUUAAGGUGGGAAAAAAAAAAUUUUUUUCAAUCUGACGUUAACUAAUUUGAUUAAGCAGGUUUCUUUAUGAAUUACUGGUCACUUGUUACUAAAAUACUCAGAGUUCAAACUUUGUGAGAGACAUAUUUGAAGCAUCACUGUGAAAUAUAAUUUUCUAUCUGUAUUUAAUAUCUAAUUUCUUCAACCACCAAAUUAUAAUUCAAAACUAAAAAGCUGAUGGUGGAUUCACAUGACUGUUUUUCGUACCAGUCAGACCAGCUAAUUUUAAUAGGGGCCGUUUGUUUUCAGUCUUCCUGUGAUGCCAGAGGGGCGGGGCUUAUAAAUAUUCAUUCACUAACCAGAAUAAAAAAAACACUUCAGAGACACGACAACGUUCCGCAUCAAGAUCAGUCGACGAUUUUCGAGCAAGCAAUUAUUUAUAUUCCAAUAAUAAUAAUAACAUCUGUAUUUAUGUACAUCAUCAUCAACAUCAUCGUUCGUCACAAACUUCCAAACAAAAGUUAAAGCAAAAAUAAAUCCUCAGUGUCCAGAGCCGCCUACACGAGAACGGUAGACGAUUCAAAUUAGUUCAAUAUAUCAAAACAGAAACAUCAAAGAAAAGGAAGUUAACAUAAACAUUCGUAAUAAUUUUAAUAAUAUUUAAAUAAAAGAGCCUUUAAAAAAAAAAAAAAGUACAUGGAUUUUCAAAGCAAACACUUCAGCCGACGCGUUCACAAUUCCGUCGACUACCAUGAGAACUGCAUUUCAUUUUCCUUCCACCGGCUCCGAACCGGAAUCUGUGGACGUCCGUCUGCCACACGACGACGACGACGAGGCAUUUUUGUGCUUAUGUUUAUGAAUUAUUUUUUUUACUAUGCAUGAAGGAAAUGUUCCCUUUUUUUUUUUUUAAAGGCUUAAAAAUUGAACACAUCAUUCGGUGGAUAUAAAGGAGUCCACAGAUUCUGCUGGUGCCUGGAUUAUAUAACUUGUUUCAUUUCUGACCUCGUGAAAGUGGAUCGACCCCCGGAAAAAAAAACGUGUCACGUCAUCGUCCCAUUACGAAGGUUAGUGGAAAAGGAUACAUAGUGUUGACUUUGACUGAAGUUUCAUCGUCUCCUCCCGUCGUUCGCGAGACCUUCGAGAACGCGACUCUUUUGCGGCUGUAGUGACAAAUGUUUAAACGCUGUAAAUGUCUGUGGAUUUACCGACAAUGUUUUGAACGUCACAUCGCCCACGAUCACCGUCCCGGGAACGUUUCAGUCAUUGACUCCCAUCAUGUGCAAAAAAAGGAAGAGAGGGAGGGAACAGAUCGGAAACCCUAACAGAGUCUAUCAAUAAUCGGUCGUUUCGUUAUAAAGUUUUAUUUUAAGCUAAGAAGCCAAUUUAAGAUUUGUAACGUAAAUAAACAUCACAAAAAUAAAUGAAUUGUCCAAGCGUUGUAAGUCGAGACCAAUCUGAGAUGUUUAAGACCCGUGGUUCCACCAGAGGAGUUUAGUUCUUCCGGUCGAAAAACCAAAAGUAAAAAAAAGUCCUGGGUCACUAUGGAUGCUUUUUAACCUUCCUCCUGUAAAAGACCUUUGAGACGCUGCGUUCAGGGACCGCGAGACGCCGUGAUGUAAAAGAGGCUGCUGGUAAAUCCAACACGAUGUUAUUGAAAAUGCUUUGAGGAGACACGGAGCGACCGAAUCCAAACAGUGUUUCACAGGUCGAGCAGCAGCAGCACGAGUUUUAUUUUUACUGUACAUUUUAACAUUCAUAUAAUACUUGACCUGCUGCCCAGGGCCACUCAAGCUGCUGCGGAAUAUAAACAAGAGAGAUGAGAGAAGCGAGCGGGCUUCCACUCAACUUUCCAUCUGCUGCCGGCGCGGGCUUGUUCGUUAAAUCAGAGGCAGCUUGGUCGGGCGGAGCUCGGCAGUGUGUUCGUACAUAGUUCGAAAAACAUACAUGUCGCUGAUCGGGAGGUUCGAGUCGGGGGAGGACGAGUAGAAAGUUUAGAAAGAC